CUGCAAAUCUCCACAUCUUAGAAAUUUGUUAGACUAAUUAUUCAUUUCUGGUAAAGUACCAAAAUGCAAAAAAAAAACAUUUUGUGUUUUCCAAAACAACAACAACCAAUGUUAAACAAAAGGAACAAAGCACAAUAGAAGGUUCGGUUUCAGAUUUGCUGUCAUACCCAGCUAUGGAUGAAGAUUUUGAUAUGAUAAUUGAUUGUCAUGGUCAUUGAAUAGGUGGUUCAUGCCAGCAAGUAGAUAUGGACUUCUUAUUUGUGUUAUUGCUGUUGGGUUACUUCUGUUCUUUUGUGUUGUCUGAUCAGCAAGGAGAUGCACUGAUUGCAUUGAAGUUUUCACUGAAUGCUUCAGGUGAACAGCUUACUGACUGGAAUGAGAAUCAAGUCAACCCUUGUACUUGGUCGCGUAUUAACUGUAAUCAAAACAACAUUGUUUUUGAAGUUUCAUUGGCGAUGAUGGGAUUCACAGGAUACUUGACCCCAAGGAUAGGAGCUCUAAAAUAUCUCAAAUUUCUUUCUUUGCAAGGAAAUAACAUCACUGGUGAAAUACCAAAAGAAUUAGGAAACCUGACAAGCUUGAUCAGGUUGGAUUUGGAAAACAACAGAUUAACUGGUGAAAUACCGUCUACCCUUGGUAAUCUUAAAAAGCUCCAAUUCUUGACAUUGAGUCGAAACAAUCUCAGCGGGACUAUUCCUGAAUCAGUUGCCAGUAUUUCAAGCUUGACCGAAAUUCAGCUAGAUUCAAAUAAUCUCAGUGGCCGAAUUCCGCAGAAGUUAUUUGAAGUUUCUAAAUACAAGUACGAAUGUUUCAGCGGAAAUAAUUUGAAUUGUGGCGUGAGUUAUGGUCAACCUUGUGCGUAUAAUAAUUCAGAUCAAGGUUCAUCACAUAAACCAACCGGCCUCAUAAUCGGAAUUAUCGUAGCGUUUGUAGCUAUCCUUGUUAUUGGUGGUCUCCUAUUAUUUUGGUGCAAGGGUAGACACAAGGGCUACAAGCGCGAAGUUUUUGUAGAUGUUGCAGGUGAAGUUGAUCGGCGAAUUGCAUUUGGUCAAUUGAGAAGAUUUGCAUGGAGAGAACUACAAAUAGCUACCGACAAUUUUAGUGAGAAAAAUGUUUUAGGACAGGGAGGCUUUGGAAAGGUUUAUAAAGGUGUCCUUUCUGAUAACACAAAAGUUGCUGUUAAAAGGUUAACUGAUUAUGAAAGCCCCGGGGGAGAUGUAGCUUUCCAGCGUGAAGUUGAGAUGAUAAGUGUAGCAGUUCAUCGGAACUUGUUACGGCUGAUUGGAUAUUGUACUACUCCAACCGAGCGUCUCCUAGUUUAUCCCUUCAUGCAGAACUUAAGUCUCGCGUAUCGUCUACGAGAACUCAAACCCGGGGAACUUGUUUUGGGUUGGCCUACAAGAAAACAGGUAGCUCUGGGAACUGCACGGGGCCUCGAAUAUCUUCAUGAGCAUUGCAAUCCUAAGAUUAUUCAUCGGGAUGUGAAGGCAGCUAAUGUAUUACUCGACGAAGAUUUUGAAGCAGUUGUCGGCGACUUUGGUUUGGCGAAGUUAGUAGAUGUUCGAAAGACUAACGUGACAACUCAAGUUCGUGGGACAAUGGGCCACAUAGCUCCUGAAUAUUUGUCGACCGGAAAGUCCUCAGAAAGGACCGAUGUUUUUGGCUAUGGGAUUAUGCUUCUGGAGCUUGUUACAGGCCAACGCGCAAUUGACUUCUCACGGUUGGAAGAGGAAGAUGACGUGCUGUUACUUGACCAUGUUAAGAAAUUGGAGCGGGAAAAAAGACUAGAAGUUAUUGUUGAUCGCAACCUAAAUAAAAACUACAACAUACAAGAGGUAGAGAUGAUGAUAAAAGUUGCAUUACUGUGCACUCAAGCAACGCCGGAAGACCGUCCACUAAUGUCUGAGGUUGUAAGAAUGCUAGAAGGGGAGGGGUUGGCUGAAAGGUGGGAAGAAUGGCAACACGUGGAGGUGAACCGGAGACAAGAAUACGAGAGACUACAAAGAAGAUUUGAUUGGGGAGAAGAUUCGGUUUAUAAUCAAGAUGCCAUUGAGUUGUCUGGUGGAAGAUGAAAAGAUGCAUAGAUUUGAACCAAUUAUCUUUUUUUUUAUAGGUUAGCUUGAAUGAAUGAAUAGAGAUGAGAAUUUGAUUGCAUCUCAAGUGGAAGACGAAGAGUUAUAGUUUUGAUGUCACAACGAUGGUUAUGGUAUUGUUUUCAAGUUUUUUACUUAUGGUGGCGUGUCAUGCAAGUUUCCUAACAAUGGUUGAUGUAGAUAAAGUUGUUCACAAAGUAUGUACCUCAGCUAAAGCUUGAAACUGAGGAACAUUAUUGGUUUCAUGUUCAGUAUUUUCAUUUAUACAUCUAUGGAGCCUUGUAUUAUUCAAAAGAAAUGAAGAGGGUACUAACUUGCAAUUA